CCGGCAGAACCCCGCGCGUGCGCGCUGCUGAGGUGCGCGAGCAGGGACCAUGGAGGCGGCUGUGAGCAGCCGGGGCGCACGGGUCCUGCGGCUCGCUUUCUCGGCGCGGAAGCCUGGCAUCCACGGCCCUGGGACUGGGCCCGCGGCCGCGUUCGGCACCUCAGUAACCAAUGCCAAAGUGUCUGUGAAUGGGGUCCACCUGCAUUAUCAGCAGACUGGAGAGGGAGAGCACGCCGUCCUGCUGCUUCCCGGAAUGCUGGGAAGUGGAGAGACUGAUUUCGGACCCCAGAUUAAGAACCUAAAUAAGAAGCUCUUCACAGUGGUUGCCUGGGAUCCGCGAGGAUAUGGACAUUCCAGACCCCCUGAUCGCGAUUUCCCAGUGGACUUUUUUGAAAGGGAUGCAAAAGAUGCUAUUGAUUUGAUGAAGACACUGAAGUUCAAGAAGGUCUCUUUGCUGGGGUGGAGUGAUGGUGGUAUAACAGCACUCAUUGCAGCUGCAAAAUACCCGUCUUACAUCAGCAAGAUGGUGAUUUGUGGAGCCAAUGCCUAUGUGACUGACGAAGAUGAAAAGAUCUAUCAAGGAAUCCGAGAUGUUUCUAAAUGGAGUGAGAGAACAAGAAAGCCUUUGGAAACCCUAUAUGGGUAUGACUACCUUGCCAAAAUCUGUGAGAAGUGGGUGGAUGGAAUAAAACAGUUCAAACAUCUUCCAGACGGGAGCAUCUGCCGGCACGUGCUGCCCCUGGUCCAGUGCCCCACCCUAAUCGUGCAUGGGGAGAAGGAUCCCCUGGUCCCGCGUUUCCAUGCCGACUUCAUCCACAAACAUGUGAGAGAGUCACGUUUCUCGCACCCGCCGCAGGCCUCCAGAGUAGGAGCCGUUCCUGUCCCAAGAGCUCACACGUUCCGUCAGGGAAAGCACACUCGGGAACAGUUCCGGUACUUCUAGUCAUACUAUU